AUCAAAGAGGUUAAGACACCUUUUGGCAUGACAUUUUCUUGCAUUAUCCAUAAAUGGGCCCAACCUUCUGCUGUUUGUUGUGCUGAUCAUCUUGUUUGGCGGGGAUGAAGGAACUAGAGUUCCAUUUGGUUAAUGUGAUAGAUGUUGAGCCAAUUUUAAGGGGGAUAACAAAUCUAUAGUAAGGUUCAUUAUUUCUCAUGCGGACCAUAGCAGCAUGCAGGUCAAUUUGGUUAGUUGGUUUUAUGGGCUUUUAGAUCCUCGAAAUGCAAAUAGGCCCAAAGGGUGAAAAGUCAGAGCCAUUUGAUACAAAUUUUUGUGUUAUUUUUAAGCUGCUGAUGUAAUUGGAAGAUCUGGUGUAGUAUUUUUGUGUUAUUUUUUCAAUUGCUAUGCUAAUUGUAGUUGGUAUUGCAAUUAUAAAAAAAUAAUAAAAAAUAAAAUUGUAGUUGAUAUUGUUGCUACUGUUUGUUUUUGCCAAGUUGUUUUGUUGCAAAUUUUUCUCUAUUGUUGUUGUACUUUUAGUUGGAGGAGGGGGUUUGCAUCACUAUUCAUGGCAAUUAGUUUCAACCAACUAAAACCAAUAAAAAAUAAUAUUUAGUUAUAGUAGAGAAAUAUUUAGGGAGCUUGUUAUUUGGUGUUUGUGAAAAGUAGUUAGCUAAAAUAACAAAAGUAGAUUUUUUAGCUAAACUUUAGAAAGUUCAUUGAGGAUGCUCUAAGUGACUGAGGGGUUGCUUAGUUCAAGAAGAAUGCCGUAAUGGGAUUUUGUUUUAAUGUGUAUGGUGUUAUGGUAAUGAAACAUGGAUUUGGUUUAUAAUAUGGAUUGGCUGUAAAUUGUGACAACAUUUCCCAUGGUUAUGUUGGGAACUUCAUGUUUUCUUUGUUGAUUUCCUCUCCAUUUUAUUCCCUGUUUGUUUGACUAAGCUGUUUGUUUUUACAGCUCUUGUCUAUGAAUUUCGACAAAUGGGUUGCAUUUUCUUUUUAGCUUUCUUUUUCAUAAUUUUGUUUUCUGGGUAUUGUUGUUCUUGUUAUUAUAUGCUCCAAGUUGGUUAGUUUUAGUGAAAAAUUUGACAAAUAUGCUUGUCAUUGAAUGUUUAGUUGUCUUAAGAGAAUAAUAAUAACAAGAAGAAACAAUGGGGAAGAAGAGAAAACACAGUGAGACAGAGGUGGCGGUACCUCCUAAGAAGGAUACGAUUGCUGCAGAGAGACCUAAAAGGACACUCUUGGGUUGGAAAGACAAGAAUGAAGAAGUGAAUAAAGAAAGUGAUUCCAUUGUCUUCAGGAACAAAGAGAAGGUUUUGGUUACUUGCUCGCGCCGCAUCAAUUACAGGUACCGGCAUUUAAUGCUGAAUGUGGUGUCACUCUUGCCACACUGCAAGAAGGAUAACAAGGUUGAGUCAAAGGCUAGUAAGGGCACCACUUUGAAUGAGCUGGUCGAGCUAAAGGGUGGCAAUUCCUGUCUGUUUUUUGAGUGCAGGAAACACAAAGAUCUUUAUCUAUGGAUGGCAAAAUGCCCCAAUGGACCAUCUGUCAAAUUUUUAGUUAAUGCUGUGCACACGAUGGAGGAAUUGAAGCUUACUGGAAAUCAUUUAAAAGGGUCUCGUCCCAUUUUGACUUUCUCGGACAAUUUUGAUAAAGAUGCUCAUUGGAAACUUUUGAAAGAGAUGAUAAUUCAGAUAUUUGGAAUACCAAAGGACCACAGAAAAUCUAAACCUUAUCAUGAUCAUGUGUUUGUUUUCUCCAUUGUUGAUGACCACAUAUGGUUUCGGAAUUACCAGAUAGCUGUACCUCAUAUUGAAGCAGAUAAAGUUGCUCGAGGGGGCCUAGAAAAUAUGACCCUUGUUGAGGUUGGUCCGCGAUUCUGCUUGAACCCAAUCAAAAUAUUUGGUGGCAGCUUCGGAGGCCCUACCCUCUAUGAGAAUCCAUUUUACAUAUCACCAAAUCAGAUUCGAGCAUUGGAGAAAAGGAAAAAGGCUGGGAAGUAUGCGAAGAAAGUCAAAGCAAAGACAAGGAGGAAGAUGCAUGAGCUAUCAAAUCCACUGGAGCCUGAUGAGUUUGCAGAAAUGUGGAAAGAAUGAUACAUUUGAAGACCUCGUCCUUUUUGGUUAUAAGGAACAUAAUUUCCUAUCAUCCUCUAUCCAGCUUGAAAUGGCAGGCAUAAUUCGCUUAAUUGGUUGUGCCUUUUUUGGUUUUCUAUUGCCCCCCAAUUGAUUAGCUUAUGUACGUCUUCAGGUUGAGGUUUUUUGUCACAUCAUCCAUAUUUCAUUUACUUCUCUUCAAUAUGAUAUCGUAUUUUUCUCUAA